UACAAAAACAGAGGCCAAAAAUGGCAGAGCUUGGAGCGGGAAGCCUGCCGUUAGGAGAUCCUGCUUUUAAUUACCAGGAGCACGAGCUGAACGAGCGGCUGAAACGGCUCUACCCGGCUGUGAACGAGGAAGAGACCCCUUUACCCCGAUCCUGGAGCCCCAAGGAUAAAUACAGCUACAUUGGGCUGUCACAGAACAACCUGCGGGUCCAUUACAAAGGUCAUGGUAAGAAUCAUAAGGAUGCAGCAUCAGUGAGAGCCACGCACCCAAUCCCCGCUGCCUGUGGGAUCUACUACUUUGAAGUCAAGAUUGUUAGCAAAGGUCGAGAUGGGUACAUGGGUAUUGGACUGUCUGCCCAGGGCGUCAACAUGAACAGACUGCCUGGAUGGGACAAGCACUCAUACGGUUACCAUGGAGAUGAUGGCCACUCCUUCUGCUCCUCCGGGACCGGCCAACCAUACGGCCCAACGUUCACCACAGGGGAUGUGAUUGGGUGCUGCGUUAACCUCAUCAACAACACUUGCUUUUACACCAAAAAUGGCAUUAGUUUAGGUGUAGCCUUCACAGACCUCCCUCCCAACCUGUAUCCCACUGUGGGCCUUCAAACUCCAGGUGAGAUCGUAGAUGCUAACUUUGGCCAGCAGCCAUUCGUUUUCGACAUCGAGGACUACAUGAGUGAAUGGCGGGCCAAGAUCCAUGGCAUGAUCGCUCGCUUCCCCAUAGGAGAGAGGCUGGGGGAGUGGCAGGCUGUCCUGCAGAAUAUGGUGUCCAGCUAUCUGGUGCAUCAUGGGUACUGUGCCACCGCAACAGCCUUUGCCAGAGCUACAGAGACCAUGAUACAAGAGGACCAGUCAUCUAUAAAGAACAGACAAAGAAUACAGAAGCUGGUGCUGGCAGGACGGGUGGGCGAAGCCAUAGAAGCUACACAGCAGCUUUAUCCCGGCCUGUUAGAACACAACCCAAACCUACUAUUCAUGUUGAAGUGUCGUCAGUUCGUGGAGAUGGUGAAUGGUACAGACAGUGAGGUUUGCUGCUUGAGCAUUCGCUCACCCAAAUCCCAAGACAGUUACCCUGGCUCACCCAUCCUCAGCCCCCGCCACGGCGGCAGCAACACACACCUGCACACCGGAGGAGCAGACAGCCCAACCUGCAGUAACGGGGUGACUCCCACCAACAAGUCAAAAAGCCACAGUGGCACUGGCAGCAGCGGCGUCAAAUACCCCAGCGCGUCCUCCUCCGCCUCCUCCUCCACCUCCUCCUCCCCUUCUUCCGUCAACUACUCCGAGUCCAACUCCUCCGACUCCACUAAGAGCCAGCCGCACAGCGCCAACAGCACCCAUGAGACCAGUGACAGUGAGAUGGAGAUCGAAGCAGAGCACUAUACCAACGGGGUUGUUGAGGGCUCCUCAGCGCGGAUCAUGAAUGGCACAUACAAACACGAAGAAAUUCUUCAGCCAGACGACAACAGCAUAGGCAAUGGGGUCACAGAAGAUGAGGGUUGUAGUAAUACUAGACAGCUUUGCGGAGGGAACCAGGCAGCCACAGAGAGGAUGAUCCAGUUUGGACGGGAACUGCAGGCGCUCAACGAACAGCUGUGCCGCGAGUAUGGCAAGAACGCCACACAUAAGAAGAUGUUACAGGAUGCAUUCAGUCUGCUAGCAUACUCAGACCCCUGGAACUGCCCCGUGGGUCAGCAGUUAGACCCUACACAGAGAGAAUCCCUCUGCUCCGCACUCAACAGCGCCAUACUGGAGUCCCAAAAUCUGCCUAAGCAGCCACCGCUGAUGUUAGCACUCGGUCAGGCCACAGAGUGUGUUCAGCUCAUGGCCCGAGUCCGGUCUGGUUCCUGCUCCUUUGCCAGAGUAGACAACUUUUUGCACUAGCCCAGGUUCAGGUUAAUGUUAAGUAGCACUGAAAGAAGGCAUGUCCAGCAGGUAGUUGUCAUGGCGACGGAGGAAAGCGCAUGCGUGUGAUUGGUGUGUUUUGCUGUCCUUCAGACCGAGCCAGCGGCACAGACAGAGGAGCGGAGGAGAGGGAGAGAAGAAAGCUUCCUUUUAAUUUAGUAUUAUCAAAUAAAGAAAUGUGUGACACUAUUUAAAGUAAUUAAUUAUUAUUCUGUUUAUCUAGCCAUGUUUUUAUAGUUCUUUUUUUGUUGUGCUCAAUCGACAGAUUGUAACUCCCCUUCUUAUUUUUUCUUCUGUUUUAGUGGGUGGAUUAUGAUCCCUACUACUCACAUUGUUGUUGUUCACCAUGCCAUCGCUCACAAUACCCGCAUCUAGUUGUCACGGUGAUCCUCGAAUGAAAUCUUAAGUAUAUAACAUCAUUUUUAAUGAGACACAGAAGACAGACAGAGUCUGAGCUCUGCCCUUUACCUGCCUGCCCCCCCAAAGUAUCCACAUGGAAUGCAUUCUAGUCUUGAAAUACGUUCAGGAGGGCGAGCAGUGCUCAGCAUGAAAAACACCUCUGACUGUGUGGAACAGAUCAUUAUCUCUGCUAAAGCUAAUACCGUACAAUAGUAAACAAAUACAGCAGAAAAGAAAAGGUAGUGCUCCAUGUCAGUAAUGUAAUGUUGAGCUCACAGUUUAGAAGGCAAAGAAUGGGACACACCCUCAAAAUAAACGCCCAUGUGAAAAAAACCAGAGUGUAGUGGGGGGCGCUGCCAGUAACCGUGAGGUGAGGGCGGUGAACUUAAUGGGAAUGUUAGAGGUGUCGAAACCUUACUUAUACUCUGACAACCGCAGCAUGGACCAAUCAGUGACGCUGCUACAGGGGGGCAGAGCUCAGCUCUGGCUGCCGCUGCGCUCUCAGGACCCAACCUAACACUAUUACCAUGGUCACCUUGAUGCCAGCAUAGAGAAAAUCUGUAUCGAAGGCUAACAAGCACAGUGUGUGUGUAUGGCUCAAAGUCAAGUUGCUACUGGCAAUUUCAUUACUGCAGUCUUUUUUCUUUUCCUUUUUCUUUCUUUCUUUUUUUUUUUUUUUCAUUGUUCACAGCCUUAUAUGGUCUGUGCAUGUGCAAUUACAAUUUCAAAUUAAGGUGAAAUCAUUUGCCAACCAGGAAGGUUUUUAAUUUUAGGAUGCUCUUAGUGAUAAUUAGAUAAUUAAAUCACAGUUUUUCUUUCUCAAUUUAGGCCUUUUUUUCCCAUUCUGUCCCCUCCGUUUCUCUCACACCCAUUAACUUGACUGUGUCAUACCACUUAUUGGACAGGAGCAUAUAGUCAAGUCCAGUUUAGUUAUAUAGCCCCAAACUACAGGUUUGUCCCCGAGUGUUUCCCAGUGUGUACAAUUGCUUGAUUAAAAGAUAAGAUGGGAAGGACGGGUCCUCUUAUUGUUAAGAUUUGCUGCUGGUCACCAUGAGAUUUCCAAAGUAGCCUCUUGUUCAGCAAAUGUUGCUCUGGAGGCACAUCAGUAGUAAUAAAACAACCAAAUACUACUUGCAGUCCUUUUUUUGUGGCUCAUGGGCCUGGAUUUAUAAGUCAGCUUCAAAGUGAGGAGCCAGUGUUAACAGCAGCAGCUAAUGGUAGUGUUGAUUAAUGCAGAGUUACUUGAGCAGUGUUGUGAUUCUGUAAAUGUUCCAACUCUGAGAAGAGAAAAAUGAGUGUGUUCCUCUGUGCUGAAGGCAGUAGUUCUUGCUUCUGCUGGCUCCUGUUGACUCCUGUUGGCUGGCAGGCAGUGGGCCCGAGCUGAGUUUUGAUCAUUUAUUCAAUAUUUUCACAGCUUGCUGACUCUUUUACAUGUUGGACCCUCUUUCAGAAACACAAAUGUAAUUUUGACAUUUUAUCCUUUAAUCCUUGGUCUCUCAUAACAAGCUUAUUUUGCCUCAUCCCUUAGGUUUAUCUGAGACAUUUUAAUUCUUUUGUCUUGACACCACACUUAUCUUCUGCCAAAUAGAAAAGACUGAAUAUUGUCUGACUGCUUUGUUGUGACCUGGCAGAUGGCUUGUGGAUCCACCCUGAAGUGUAUAUUUCCAUUUUAUAGGAGCAUUUAAAGUCUAUGGUAAAGACAUAUGGAAAAAUAUAAUACUGGAGAUGUGUGUAUGCAAUGUGGGGUUUACUACAGGGUAUGUGGUCAAACUUUUUACCAAGGUGUUUGGUUUUUUUUAUUUUAGACCUUGUGCUAUAGUAGUAACUAUUCUAAUCCUCACACAUACAGCACACACUCACAACAUCUGCCUCUACAGCUGUAAAGGACUUGUGUUACAAGACACACUCACACAUGAAAGAACAACCUCUGUUGCAUACCUGUAGGAAAAGAGUCUCCCGCUGUCCUAUGUGUUUGAUCCUGGGCUGCGUCUCAGCACUGUUGCCGCACACCUUCCUUUUAUCCCUGCAUAGACAUAGCCACUGAUGUGAUCAGUGAUUGUUUUAAGGAAAGGAUGGAUGUGAACAGUUUUGGAACUGGGCCCGAGGCCUCUGGAGCCCCAUGGACUUCCUCUGGAGAGGCCAGAUAAAUGGAUUUGGGCGUCGCUGUGCACAAUGGACUUUGAUCAUAAUUUUAAUUUCAUAUUUUGACUUUUGAGUUUUAGCAAAAAAAGAAAAAUAAUAAAAAACAAUUGUGCAUUGAGUUACCCUCUACUUAGCAUGACUUUUAAAUCUUCAAAAUGAUAUA